AUGAGCGAGAGACAAAGAGGGUCAGAGGACGAUCCAAAUGAGAAUAGCAAACUCGAUGAAAAACCUACAUUUGUAGCUCCCGGAAGAAGUAUUUUAAAGCACAAGUUUGUCCGGGAGGACGCGGAAGGGGAGAAUUUGACAAUAUCUGAUAUCCCUGUUUCUGGCUACUCUCAGGAGCUUCAAAACUCAUUAAAUCAAAACAACACCACUUCUAGAAUAAGUACCUCUAAGCUUCAGUCGAGAUUGGAUCGGAGAGUCUCAUUUGCCCCAGAUGUUACGCUUCACAGAGUCGAUUUUGUGCCUCAGCAGUCAUUGAAUAUUCGGGAACCCAGACGGAGGUCUGCCAUACAAGAGCCAUCUUAUGAUUCCUCGAACGAGCUCGCAGAAACUGCACCAUCUGGAAACGCUGGGACGAGGGAUGGAAGAAUAUCCAGUUCUGGGUCCGUCGAUGACCAACAUGCUGCUUAUACCCCAGUUUUUGACAGAGAAGUGUCGAUGGAGAUCACCCAAUUGUUUUCAAAACAUAGCGCAAAACCAGUGGAUAGUUCAGAGGCUACUGAAAAUGUAGAAGAUAUGGACAUGACCGAGUUUAGAGAAGCACAUCAGCCAUCGAAACGAAAGACUGUGGGUCACCAAUCCGAAGACGGUCCAAAUUCAAGCGUGCGUGAACUUGAGAUGGAUCAUAAUAUUGACGAACACGAUGAUAUGGACAUCACUGAACCGAGAAAAGGCGAAACACUUGCCAGUAGACUCGUUAGUCGAGCUGGCAAAAGUGAGAAACCUGGUCCCUCAUCAUCUCAAGACCUUGAAAACGAACAAUCCGAUAUGGAAACGACUCAGCCUUUCAGAGCUCCUCUCAAAGCAGCUAUCAAGAAAAGCGCUGUAUAUGCAGCCCAUCCUUCCACUCAAAUAGAUGUGCCAGCUACUCAAUUAACAGCAGGUAGUUUGUUGAGUUCGGAAGAAAUGGGAAUCAGGCUCUCACAAGCUGUAACUUCGACGCAGGAAGGGGCUGAACCCUACUUCGAAUCGCAUCCACAUCAGUUUCAAGAUCUACCUGCUAAACGAAGGAAGAUUGUUAACAGUCAAGACGAGACUUCUUUUUCUGCUACAAAUCCGGACAUGGACGAUGACAUGGAAUUGACGAUGAUGGAAAGACUAUCGCCUAUUCAAAUUUCGACAAAUGUUGUAGAUGAUUCUUACGUGGGAGAAAUGGAUAAAGCUUUCAUGCGGACUCCGCGGAGGGGGUCUUUCGAGGCGGAAAUGGGCUCACCACGCGAUGAAAAAGACUUUCCGUCAUUAUCAGUCUUUCUAGACGCCAUUGGAAUGAAUGUUAGCCAAAAGAAUGAUGACUCUGAACAGGUCACAAAGCUGGUAUUCGUCACCUUGCCUCGAGAAUCUCAUGGGCUGGCAACGGAAAAUUAUAAAGCAUUAUACGCAAAUAUGCCAAUCUUAGAGAUAUACGCAUUUUGCUGUAAGGAACUUCUGCGAAGAAUACAGAAGUCCAAAAACCUAUUCCAAGAACUAGAAGAUCAAAUUGCAACAAGCGCAUCACCUGUCCUAUUCAAAAGAUACUUCGAGGCAAACGCCGCACAACGACAGAGCAUGAACAAACAAAUGGAGUUGCUUCGGAGCUUUUCUAGACUACAAGCUGCAAGAGUUUGGUUUGAGUGGAGACUGGGACAUCUUAAAGGCAUCAAAAAUGUUUUACAAGAAAACUUGAUGAUCUUGAAAGAUGAGCUAGAUGUUUUGUCGAUGAGAAUAAAGAAAGUUACCGAAGUUAACAGGAAGGUUCUUGAGAUAAAGCAGAGCAUCAUCAAGGAAGUUCAUCUUUUGAAAGAAGGCUCGAAGUUUCAACAUACCAGCCCUGCUAUUCCAGAUCGUAUCAAAAUCGAGACACUCAAAUCUGAAUUGAGAAAAGAGCUGAAGGAGCUGGAGGAAACGUCAGAGAUCUCGAGAAAAGCAGAAGCAUUAAGGAAUGAUAUUAAUAAAAUUCGAUUAAUGAUUGGUCAGACGCACAGAGAGAUCUCAAUGAUGAGCGCAAAAGUGAAGCAAAGCACGAAGUUUGCCAAUCGCGAGAUGCCCAAGCUUCGAGCAGUGUUCGAAGUUUUUCAAGAGAUAUCUGGGGUUUCGCUAAAAGGGUUUGCAGGUUCGAAUCUAAGCAUUGAAUUGCGAGGCUCUCAAAUAUCUCUGAAACUUGACGUCGAAAAGAAAAAUGCAGUUGAUGAAGUUGUGGUUUCCAUACCGGAAUUUUCAAAAAGCGAUAUUUCACGAGAACUAUACAAGCAGGGCGUCCAAUCAGCCCAGCGAUCUUCAAACACUACUACUCAGCUUGUGGUUAAACUUCUCGUCGAGUCUGAAAAAGUACGCCAAAUUGUUUCUGAGUACAAUUACCUGAACUUGUUGUUUCCAUGCCGGACCGUGACCACGCCCACUGGAGAUCUUGACAUUGAGAUAAGGUUCUUUGAUCCUGUACUAAAGUGCUGCUGCAUUUUUUGUCUACCUCUGAGCCAAUUCGUUACAGCCUUGCAAAGGCAAUCGAACAAAGCUCCAAAGUUGCACUUGAAGUGUAUACAAGAAGGAUUAGAUCAGAAGAGCUUAUUAUCGCGUUUCAGAGUCAAUAUAUCACCCCUAUUACCAUGGUUAGACGGCGCCGAAAUAUCCUGA